AUGCCGCAUUCUCACCACUCCCACUCGGGCCAGUUCUGCGCCCACGCAACAUGUACUCUCGAAGAGAUGGUCCAGCAGGCCAUUUCUCUGCACAUGGACACCCUUGCGCUGACCGAGCAUAUUCCCCGCGACACCGCUGAUCUUUAUCCCGAGGAAACCGAUGCCAAAACACUUGUUGACCUGUUCGAUGCCUACUAUUCUGAAGCCUUGCGUUUGCGUGAAAAGUAUGCCUCACAGAUCAACGUCCUGAUUGGUUUCGAAUCCGAAUGGAUCCGACCUGAGUCUCACAACAUCAUCAAAGACUUGCUCAGCCGCUACAAGUUCGACUUAUUCAUGGGUAGCAUUCACCAUACCCAUACUAAGCCAAUUGACUAUGACCGCGACAUGUAUCAUGAGGCCAGACAGAUCUCUGGUGGCUCCGACGAAGACGUCUUUGCUGCCUUCUUCGACGAGCAAUAUGAUAUGCUCAAGACCUUAACACCCCCUCUUGUCGGUCACUUCGAUCUCAUCAGACUGAAGAGCGAUGAUCCCGAGCGUAAUUGGACUACUAUGCCAGCAGUUUGGGAGAAGAUUGUCAGAAACCUCGACUUUGUCGCUAGCUAUGGUGGCAUCCUCGAGCUCAACUCUAGUGCCAUUCGCAAGGGCAUGUCUGAGCCAUACCCCAAGGCUGAAAUCUGCAAGGAAUUCUCCAAGAAAGGAGGACGUUUCGCUCUUUCUGACGACAGCCAUGCCACAAGUCAGGUAGGCCUUAACUUCUCAAAGGUGCUCGCCUUCAUCGAGAGCACUGGCAUCGACCAAGUGUACGAGUUCACUUCCAAGACCGACAAUUCGUUCGAUACAUCAUCUGUCAAAUCUGUUUCUCUGGAUCAGCUGAAGAAGCACAAGUUCUUCACUACCUAA